GGUGCCACAAAACACCUGCGCUCUCACAGAAAAUAACCAAUUAGGCUAAGCAAUUUUGAACAAAAUCACAAUCUUAUGUGUUCUGGAACUGGAUCCUAUAAACUAUUUGUGAUGAAAUGUCGCUAAUAGGACCAUCAACACCACCCUCAAAUCGGAGUGAUGGUUUGCCAAUUACCAGUUUAACGCUACUUAUUAUCCUACUCUUACCGUGCGUGGUUCUUCUGUUGCUGUUGAACUGUUUGUUUCUGUGUUACAAGUUACACAUUUGUUCAAAGAACAGAAAAAGACGAGAGGACACCGACAGUAUUUUACAGUCUACUCUGUCGACGCGCCAGAGAAUGACCAGAAUAUCCGAGGCGCCAUUGUUGCCAAAUCAAGAUGGGAAAAGGGCUUACAUCUCGGUUUCAGAGACUAUGCUGGCACAGCCCUCGAGUUCUUCAAGAACUUCGUCAAAGGAGAGGGCAGCAGUGGACCAGAGGAUCCGAUUCAUCCGGCCGGACGGGGCCACAGGCGGUGUCUUGGAGUCCCUGAGGGCGCAGAGUACCAUAUUGGCCACAACGGCCGAGGCCACCUCCAGGGUCGACCAGCCCUUUAGGUCACGAAUGUACAGCAGGAACAAAAUGGAAUGGCGCAAAAGCGCCCCUGUCCUACCGCAGUCAAGUGAUUCAGAGGCAGAACGGCCUGACCUCGUACCACCCAACUCACCUGCGCUAAAUAAUCCACACUCAAGGGUAACACCUGACCAGAGGCCCAUGCGUCGGUGCAGCACCAUGGAGCUAUUGAACAACAUAGGCGAACACCAGUUUGAUAUGGUUGAAUGUGAAUAUGCCAGUAACAUACCUCCAGAGUUCUCAUGCUUUGUUGUAUCUGACAACUCUUCCACCAUGGGCCCUGGAUUGGACAGCGACUUUGGAGCAAGCGCAGGUGUCUCGCUCCGGAUUUUAUCCGCGGACAGCGACGGUCUCACCAACGGUGUGUGGGACUCCGGAAUGGAGUGGGACUAUUACGACCCGUGCUAUGUGAGGGAGAAAAAUAUACCCAAACAGAAACAUCACAAGCCUGCAUUACAUACCAAGCAUUAUUGGGUAUGAUGCCAGAGAACACGAAAUGUUUUAAACUGAUUUUAAUAUUUGUUAUUAGGCUAUACAUUUUUUUUCUCCAAAUAUUUAAUUCUAAAAAGCACACUAACACAGAUUAUCACUUUUUCAACUGAGCUAAAUGUAACUUUUACCCCCACCAGUUUUCUAAAGAAUUGCACUCACUUUUGUAAAUCACACAUUUAUUCUCAAACUAUGUUCAUUCAAUGUCCAAGACACUUAUACUAUUCACUUUCUUGUUUGUUACACUUGAAUAAGCACAUUUAUUAUAUGCACUAAAAUUGCUUGAACAUUUGAUUUCACCCAGUAUUA